AUGUGUUCCUCAGAAAAACCUCAGGAGAAUGAGAUCAGUGCUGUGGACUGUGAGGACCUGCUCAAUGUGAGAGUUCUGUUGCUGGGACAGAACCGGAUCAGGUCCACAGGAGGUCUGAGGGGCGCCAGGAACCUGCUUAGACUGGACCUGUCCCACAACCGCCUCACACGCACCGAGGUCUUGGCAGUGAGCAGCAGCGUGGCCUUGUGUCCGUUUAUUCGAGAGGUCUGUGUGGAAGGGAAUCCUCUGCUGCAGGAGCCUGACUGGAGUUCUGCGGUGGAGGCGGAACAGGUGUCCACAGCCACAGCUAGCGGGUAUGGUAAUGCCGUGGUGGCGGCAAGAGCUAGCAUCAUCACAGACACUGUGACAGAUCCCAAAGGGAACCUGGAGGUAGAGGAUGAUAAUCAAGUGGACCAGGCCCUCACUGCUCUCCAUUCUCGUUUUAAACAGCUACAAGAGUUUGGCAACUUGUUUGGUUUUCUUUUUUAUCUCUCGAAACUGCGUGAAGUGGAGGACAUUGACCUGCGACGACAGUGUGCAACACUUAGUGAUGCUCUGAACGUGUCAGAAUCUCAACAGGAUUUGAACGCACUGGACCUCUUCGUGGAGUUGAGGAUACUUCGAGAGAUGAUCCCAAAGGGAGCAACUACAGCCCUUAAAACACUUCGGUACCUUAAAUCCAUUGAAGGAACGUUCCCAAAUUGCGAGAUUGCGCUCAGGGUCCUGUUGACUAUCCCAGUAACGGUGGCAUCAGGGGAGCGAAGCUUUUCAAAGCUUAAAUUAAUUAAAAACUAUUUACGCACCUCGAUGUCACAGGACAGACUGUGCGGGCUUGCUCUUCUUUCUAUUGAAAAAGAAAUUGCAUCCAAAUUGGAUUAUAAAGACCUGAUUGCCGAGUUUGCGGCCAAGAAGGCGAGAAAAGUGACUCUAUGA